AUGUCCGCUCCCAAGGUCCUCGUCGUGCUCACCUCCCACGACAAGCUCGGUGAUAUCGGCAAGCCUACCGGUUGUCCGAAUUCGCCCCACCCCUACGACGUCCUCCACUCCGCCUCCGUCUCCCUAACCGUCGCUUCUCCCUCGGGCGGUCGCUCGGCCGUCGACCCUUCCUCCAUCGACGCCGCCAAGGACGACGCCAUCUCCAUCAACUUUCUGAAGUCAGAAGCCACCAAGCCGCUCUUCGAAUCGACCCGGCCCUUGUCCGACUUCGUCGGCAACCCCUCUGCCAUCGCGCCCUAUUCUGCCAUUUUCUUCCCUGGAGGGCACGGUCCCAUGUUCGAUCUCUCUGUUUCCCUGGAGUCUCAGCAGUUGGUGCGUGAGUUCUGGGAUGCGGGCAAGGUAGUAGCCGCGGUGUGCCAUGGCCCGGCGGCGCUGGUGAAUGUUGAACUCAAAGAUGGGAGCAAGUUGCUGCAGGGACACAAGGUUACCGGUUUCACGAACGAGGAGGAGGAGCAGGUUGGUCUGACGAAGGCGAUGCCCUUUUUGCUGGAGGAUAAGCUUAAGGAGGCGAUCGGAACGGAGGGUGGGUUCGAGAAGGCCGAUGCGCCGUGGGGAGAGAAGGUCGUUGUUGAUGCGGGUGGACGGUUGAUUACGGGCCAGAACCCGGCGAGCGCGAAGGGAGUCGGUGAGGCCAUUUUGAGGAUUAUUACUGCACGGGUUUAA